GCGGCCGGGCGAGCCCUGGACCGGGAGCCAGGCCGGAGGGGAGGGACUGCACCCGGGGUCCCGGGCGGUGGGCCGUCCCGCCUCGUGAGCGCCGCAGGGUCCACAGCCGUGUCAGCGCGGUGACUGCUGUCCCCGGGGCUGCCCCGCUCCGGGUGCGGGGAGACAGUCAGUAUGGCGGGGAGCAUGUACGGUCUGGACGAACGCCACGUCCUACAACAGGCAGGGAAAACCCCAGAAGAUGGGAUUGGAGCUCGUGCAUCGCUGCCGCCGAGUAACUUUAGUGAUACAGACGUAGGAAGUGGUACUCGGGACCCGGCUGUGCCGUUGACGGGCGUGGCCAAGCCGUCCUUGGUUACCUGUGUCCAUAGUUUUGGGGUGAAUGCGCUGAAAGGACGAAGUAAGACUUGGGAGGUGAAUGUUGAGCAAACAGGAGAGGGUGGAAAGGAAAGAGCAGGGUAUUUAGGGAACAGUGACUAGAACUCUGUCUGAGCCUUUGUAGGAAUCCCAGUUUUGCGGAUGAUAAAAUGGGAUGAAGCCGUGGGGAGGAACAGGAUGUUCAUAGUAACAGGAAAGUUGGUGAUAAAUGGUUUCCAAGUUACCUCAUUUGCAAUUUCUCAUUUCAGCUGUUGCAUAAAAGAUUAAAAUAGGGUAAAAUGGAAUAGUGGAAAGAGGGAUGAAUUGUUUGUCAGGAGAUGUCAGUUCUAGUUUUAUGGCUUUCAGCAAAUUAGGAUCUCACUAGGCCUUAAGUUUAUUUUUUUCAAAAAUAAUUACAAAGAUUUAUGAACACCUACCUACAAUGUGACAGAUUCUUUGUAGGGUUUAUGGGAGAAACAAAGCUGUAUUAAGCAUGGGUCUUGCACCAAAAGAGCUGCUGAUUAUUAAGCUAUAUUUAUAGGUAAUUUGGAAGGUAAAUUCUACACAUCUGUCAACAUGAUACAUCCAUCUGCAGUCCUGUUAAAAUCAUUUUAACUUAAUAUAAAACUGAAGGCCCAGCGACGUGAAGAGGCUUCCGUGAGAUCAUUCGUCUGAUUUUCCUAGGGACGGAGCUUGGCUUGGUUUGGUUUGCUUUGCUUUGUCUCUAGAUCCCUUGUUCUUCCAUGUUGCCUUUCGUUUGCUGAUUAAUUUUAAAUCCUCUCCAUUUAAACCUUUCCCUAAUCACAGGGAAAAUUAUUAUAUAACUAAAACAGUUUAACGCAUAAUAGAGCAUUAUUAUUAUUAUUUUGGCUGCAUUGGGUCUUCGUUGCUGUGCACAGGCUUUCUCUAGUUGCGGCGAGCAGGGGCUAUUCUUCGUUGCGGGGCGCGGGCUUCUCAUUGUGGUGGCUUCUCUUAUUACAGAGCAUGGGCUCUAGGUGCACGGGCUUCAGUAGUUGCAGCACGCGGGCUCAGUAGUUGUGGCUUGCAGCUCUAGAGCACAGGCUUAGUAGUUGUGGCGCACGGGCUUAGUUGCUCCAUGGCAUGUGGGAUCUUCCGGGACCAGGGAUUGAACCCGUUUCCCCUGCAUUGGCAGGCAGAUUCUUAACCACUGCACCACCAGGGAAGUCCCUAGAGCAUUAUUAAGUCAAGUCUUUAAUCUUUUAUAUCUUGAAUGCCUGAAAGCUAUGGUUAACUAGAUGUUCCCCUAUAAACGGUCUUUCCUUAUAAAUUUACCUUAUAAAUGAAAAGUCCAGUGUACCUUCCUUCAGAUAGGCAGAGAUUUUAAAAGUAUGUUUAAAGUAUUAUGUCUUUGUUUCCUUCUGGAUACUGAAUCUUUUUCAUCUUUGUCGUCUGUUAUAGAACCUCUAAAAUGCAGGUCUCUGGCUCCAGGUCUGUACACUUGAGUGAAUGGCAGAAGAAUUACUUUGCAAUUACGUCUGGCACGUGUCCAUCAGGAGAGAAGGCAGACGCGUACCGAGCACAGAUUCUCCGCAUUCAGUAUGCAUGGGCAAACUCUGAGAUCUCCCAGGUCUGUGCUGCCAGACUGUUCAGAAUAUAUGCAGAGAAAUAUUCUGCAGUUAUUGAUUCUGACAGUGUUGAAACUGGCUUGAAUAACUAUGCAGAAAACAUUUUAACUCUAGCAAGAUCUCGGCAAACUGACAGUGACAAGUGGAAGUCUGGAUUAUCAAUAAAUAACGUGUUCCAAAUGAGUAAUGUGCAGGAAAUGAUGCACGCUGGCAGAAAAUCCAGAGACUCUCUGUUGGCACCUGCAGAUGAGUCAGUAGUCAUCCACAGAGCGGCCGCUGUCUUUGAUCUUCCUAAAUUUAGUGUUUGUGGUGGUUCUGGGGAGAGUGACCCAUUAACUAACUCAGCCCAUGGUGCCGAUAGGACCAAAGACUUCCCAGAGGGCAGUCCUUUGAAGUGCCUUCAGAAUGCCCAGCCACCUCUGGUCACUGGCACCACUAAGACGUGUCCUACGGUCUCAGGACCUUUCGGUGAGUCAGCCGCCGCAAAAUUCCAUGCCACACCAUUGUUUGGAAAUGUCAAAAAGGAAAAUUACAACUUCCCGAAAGCCAACACAGGACUAAGUGUGUUCUCAUCUAAUCAGUCUUGUUUUCCUUCUGGCUUUGAAAAUCCACGGGAAAUGAAAGCUUUUUAUGGUUCUGGCACCAUUGAUGCACUUUCCACUCCAGUAAUGAAUAAGGCUUUUAGUAAAACGGAAGAUAAUGGCCAAAGAGAGGAGAGCGGCCUGCCUACUUUUAAAACUGCAAAAGAACAGCUAUGGGUAGAUCAGCAGAAAAAGUACCACCAGCCCCAGCGUGCAUCAGGGUCUUCACAUGGUAGUGUCAAAAAGUCUCUGGGAGCUAGUAGAUCCCGAGGGAUAUUUGGAAAGUUUGUUCCCCCUGUACCUAAGCAAGAUGGGGGAGGUCAGGGCGGGGGGACACAGUAUAAGCCUCAUGGCGCAGGAGCUGCAGACCCAGCACAUCCCGUGGAUGAGCGUCUGAAGAACUUGGAGCCCAAAAUGAUUGAACUUAUUAUGAAUGAGAUUAUGGACCAGGGACCGCCAGUAAAUUGGGAAGAUAUUGCAGGAGUGGAAUUUGCCAAAACCACAAUAAAGGAGAUAGUUGUGUGGCCCAUGAUGCGGCCAGACAUCUUCACUGGCUUACGAGGACCCCCUAAAGGAAUUCUGCUCUUUGGUCCUCCUGGGACUGGUAAAACUCUGAUUGGCAAGUGCAUCGCUAGUCAGUCUGGGGCAACAUUCUUUAGUAUCUCUGCUUCCUCCUUGACUUCUAAGUGGGUGGGCGAGGGAGAGAAAAUGGUCCGUGCAUUGUUUGCUGUUGCACGAUGCCAGCAACCAGCUGUGAUAUUUAUUGAUGAAAUCGAUUCCCUAUUAUCUCAGCGGGGAGAUGGCGAGCAUGAAUCUUCUAGAAGGAUAAAAACUGAAUUUCUAGUUCAGCUGGAUGGAGCAGCCACAUCUUCUGAAGAUCGUAUUCUAGUGGUAGGAGCAACCAAUCGGCCCCAGGAGAUUGACGAGGCUGCCCGGAGAAGGUUGGUGAAAAGGCUGUAUAUUCCCCUCCCAGAGGCUUCAGCCAGGAAACAGAUAGUCAUUAAUCUGAUGUCAGAGGAGCACUGCUGCCUCAGCGAGGAGGAGGUCGACCUGGUGGUGCGGCACUCUGGUGGGUUCUCGGGGGCUGACAUGACGCAGCUCUGCAGGGAGGCGUCUCUGGGUCCUAUUCGCAGUUUACAGGCUGCCGACAUUGCCACGGUAACGCCGGAUCAAGUUCGACCAAUAGCUUACAGUGACUUUGAAGAUGCCUUCAGAACUGUGCGACCUAGUGUGUCUCCAGAAGAUUUGGAGCUUUAUGAAAACUGGAACAGGACUUUCGGUUGUGGAAAGUAAAUGGGACGCUUGAAAUUAAAAGACGGCAUUUUUGUAGCCCAGUCUUCCAUUUUUUUAGCAUAGGACAUUGAUUAAGUGUACAUCAAAGGUAUAUUCUGAAUUCUGUACCUCAAAUAAAAUAGAGUAACAGUAGCUCAACUUUUACAAUUGAUUGACUUAGACUAUGUUAAUAUAAGCUCAAUUUUCCUUCCAGUCACCACCUGAUACGUAAGCCUAUUCAUGCGAAAUGGGAAUGUACUUUUUUUGUUUUGUUCCUAAGAGGUCUUUUCAAGAUGUAUAGGAUGAACAGUGAACUCAAAUUGAAACCGAAAAUCUGAUUUGUAUAUGAGGAUGUAUCUGACUUACAUGUAUCUUUUAUUGAAGAAAGUUUCUUCUGAGGAUCACAUAAUUCUUAGUAUUGGCUAGUACAGUGGUUUGCAUUUGAAACUGAGUGUUGCUUAGUGUUGUUUAAUAGAUUUAAAAUCUCAACCAAAGCUAAAGUGAAAGUGCCCGUUUUUACUUUGUCCUGGCUUGUAACUGCUUAUGGUUUUCUUUCCUUCCCAAGACUAAUUAAUCAGAACAUGUUCAGAAAUAGCAAAGUGUAAUCUAACAUCAGAGACAGGUCCGCAGAACUGAAAGGGGAAGAAUGUUGUGUUUCUCCAGGGGGUGGGUGAUGUUUGAAAGUAGUAUUUUAUUUGGCACUACUUCACAACCUGUAGGGUUGGUCUCGUUCAGAAAUAAAUGUUUCCAGGUUUUAAAAACGGACUGUUUUGUUUUCCAAAUAGUGCAUGUUCUAUGUAGAAACAUUGGAAAAUAGAGGUGAACAAAAGGAAGAAAAUAAAAGUCAGUUACCCUACCACUUUGAGGAACACAGUGUUAACAUUGCAGCAUCACUUCUUCCAGAUGUUUUAUACAGGAGUGGGGUUAUGCUACGCCUUUUCGUUUGCAGCUGUUUUCUUUAAAGUCCCUCAUCAUCAUCUUCCACAUUGACGUACUUCUGCAUCUUCCCGUACGUGAGUGCCUGGGAUUCCGUGACAUGAGGGGGCCUAUAAUUUAGUCAGCAUUCAGGGCAGUUCCUUAGGUUCACCUUUUGUAUAUAGUAAAUAAAAUAUGUUAAAUGCCUUAGUUAUCUUUUUAAAAAACAUACAUUUCUUGAGUAAAAUUCUUGGAUUAACAAUUUUUAAUGCUUUUGACAUGUGUUCUAAAUUGUCUUCUGGAACAGUGGUACUUGUGUAGCAUUCCUAUCUGCACUGAGUCAAAGUGCCUGUUUACCUGAACCUGGUGGUCAUGGACACUGUCCAGCUGCCAAUUGGACAGUACACAGGUUUUGCAUCCAUCCAUCCAU